AUGAAGUGAAUGAAUAAUAAGAGGGGGGAAGAAGAGAAAAUGCCCUCAGUCCAUUUGGUCUUUUAGGGUUAAAUUUGGCCAGUUUGAGGAGACAUCAGAAAGCAGGGAGGGAGGGCAGUGAUGUCCAAUGGGUGGUGUGAUGUUGUUGCCCCAUUUCAAAUUUAGUUUUGGUUUGCGGAUGAGGACUAAGCCAUGUUAUCACAGGCUGUCUGCCCUUGUUCUCAGAAAGGGACCCUCCUGCCAUUUCAGGUGCCGAUGCCCUAUUUGGAGGCAGCAGUGAGUUUCUCUGAAGCAGGACAAACUCUAUCUGAAUUCAAGGUGAAACAGCCAUGCACAGAGGCCAAACAGGGAGGUGAUGCUGGAUUGUGGGCAGAUUACACACAUGUCAGUGAGGGUGAAGCACAAAAACACCCACUGGAAACCCCAGAGAGGAUGGAACCAUCCCCAAAAAGACCUAGAGAGGGUUUUUCUGGGGGUCUUGUGUACACAGAAGUUUCUGAGCAGGAACUUGGUCCAAAGAUGCAACCAGCUGACCGACUCUACUUGGUUCCUUCAGAUGGAAAUACCUUCAAAGAACUUCAGCAGCCCAAUGAGCAAAAUUCAGCCAGCAUGCCCAAGGAGAGUUUUAAGACAGGAUCAGAUUUUGUUAAGCGCAAGGUCACCGCGGCUCAGGACACAUUGUACCAAUGCACCAUGUGCGGGAAGAAGCUGAGUCGCAAGGACCACUUGAAGAGGCACGAAGAGAUCCACGACAGGAAGAAGAAACCCCACCAGUGCUCCUAUUGUGAGAAGUGCUUCCGGCAGAGGUCGGACCUGGUUUUUCACGAGAGGAUCCACACGGGAGAGAAACCGCACAAAUGCUCUGCCUGUGGGAAGACUUUCAGAAGCACCUGCCAGCUGAUUGUCCAUGAGAGGAUCCACACCCGGGAAAAACCGUACAAGUGUUCCGCCUGCGGCAGGAGCUUCAGCCAGAAUUCAAACCUCACCGUCCACCAAAGGAUCCACACGGGCGAGAAGCCCUACAAAUGCUUUACCUGUGAGAAGACCUUUGUUCAGAAGUCACACCUCAUCAAACACGAGAGAACCCAUACAAGAGAGAAGUCGUGCAAGCGUGUAGUGUCCUUUGGAAGGAGCUUCUUAAAUUGACACAGGGUUGGAAUCCAAGUCCGUAAGGAAAGCACCGAGUUUGAUUCCGCCCUCCUCCAUGUGAUUGAUGGACUCUAAUUCGUCAAGCCAGGUUUUUUUCCCCACUCCUUCACAUGAAGUCUGCUGAGUGACCUUGGUCUAGUCACAAUUCUCUCUGAACUCCCUCAGCCACAAUUACCUCAGAACAUAUCUGUUGUGGGGAGGUGAAGGGAAGGCAAUUGUAAGCCAGUGUGACACUCCUUAAAAGGUAGAGAAAAGGGUGAUAUAAAAACCAUCUCUUCUCCUUCACUUGGUUUUGAAUACAUUCCUUGUUUUCCAGGAAAUUUUCUGGAGGAGAUGCUACCCUUUUGGGGCAAUUUGCAGUGGUAACAUUCUCACAGGACUCAAAAGCAUACCUCCCUGCCUGAUUUCUUAAGGGAAGGCAUCGAAGUCCAUUUAGGUUAGACUAUGUGGUUCUUUGGCAUAGCCUGAUCUUUCAGAUCUCGGAAGAUAAGCAGGAUCAGUACUUGGAUGGGAGACUACCAGAGGCUCAUUGCUUACCUGUAGUGCCCUGGAGAUGGGGUCCCCAUGAGUCAGUUUUGACUUGAUUGCAUAUUAUUACUGUGUUUGGUUCACUAAUUCUGUCAUGUCUCCUCAAACUGGCAGCUGCUCUCCAUAGUCCCAGGCAAAAAAGGGUCUUUCCCAUCACCUGUUACUUGGGAUCCUUUAACUGGAGAUCCCAGGGAUUAAAUAUGGGACCCUCGUCAAGUGAAACAGGUACUCUUCCAGUCAAUAUUGGCCCAUCUUAUAUGAAUGUUCACAGAUUUCUCUCAGAAGCUACGCUAGAGCUGGCCCUGGUUUGUAUUUGGAUGGGAGAUCUCUAAGGAAGUCCAGGGUUGCAAACCCCCUCUGAACAUCUCUUGCCUUUAAAACUCUGUGGGAUUGCCAUAGGUUAGCUGGGCCCUGACAGCACUUUCCACCACCACAGUUCCAUGCAGGAAAGAACCUUUUUUGAAGGGAACCUUUGUGAAAUUCCUUCCAUAACUUCCAAAGUGAUUAUGAGAAGAAUCUCAAACUCAGAGAAAUCCAAGAGAAAGAGCAAGCCAGUCAAGGGCAUUUGGUUUGAGCUGGGCAACCCUAAGCGGAUCUUGAACCCAAAGGACAGUGUGAGGUUGAAGAAAUAGUCCCUUUUAUAAGAAUCCUUAGAAAAGGAUUCUGCUAAGCAUGCCAGGUAGGGAUAUUUCUGGAGAUUUGGGAGGACAGGGUUUGAGGAGAAGAAGGACUUCAGAAGGGUAGAAUGCCAUAGAACCCAUCUCCAAAGCAGCCAUUUCCUGCAGGGAUAUGGAGCUGUGUAGUCUGGGGAUCAGUUGUAAUUCAGGAUGAUCCCCAGACCUUACCUGCAGGUUGGCAACCCUAGAUCCUGCUAUGCACUUUGUUUUGUUUGGAAGAGAUUAAUGUUGCUCUGGGCCAGGAAAGACAUCUGCUUAGGAAUUUAAUUCACAGAUGAGGGUUUGACAGUCUUAUACAGUCAGAUGUUACUAGACCUCUUUUUAUUUAUGUUGGUCAUAUAGCAUUGUUGAUGUCACUUAAUUCCUGCCUCCCUCCAUCCCUGGCAUGUAGAGCACAUCUGAAGUCUUCGUGGUUUGGGAAUCCUCAAGUCAAAAUCCAAAAUAGGGUUGCCAGGUCUGGAUUUGGAAAUUCCUGGAGAAUUUAGGGGUGAAGCCUGGGGAGGGCAGGAUUGGGGGGGGGGGGCAUAGCAGGGUAUACCACCAUAGAGUCCACCUUCCAAAGCAGCCAUUUUCUCCAAGUCUCUGUAGCUUGGAGGACAGCUGAAAUUCUGGGAGGCCACUAGCCAGAUUGUGAUCUCUAGACUAGGUGAUAGACAUCAUAUCAUCCGGAAGUCCCUCCCCAAACCCAGUCCUCCUCAGACUCCCCCCCCCCCCUUCUAGGUGUUUCCCAACAUGGAUCUGGCAACAUGGAUCUUACUUAGCCUAAAAGGCUGUAAUGUUUGAAUGGAGGCCCCCAAGCAUAUUGUAAUGUGUUUCUUCCUCACCACAAAGGACACUAAAUCUCAAUUUAGUCUGAGUUUCCAGGGGAAGGAGCACACUUCUAUUUUGCCAGAUGCCCACAUCCAGAUUAUAGCAUUAUGGAGUUUUAAGAACAUCGGAAUAUCCCUGCUGGAUCAGACCAGUGGUCCAUCUAGUCCAGCAUGUUGUUGAACACGGGCCAAAACAGUGUGGUGUAAUGGUUAAGAGCACGUGGAUUCUAAU